AUGCCAUCCUGGGAAAAGAAUGGAAAGAGUCUCCCACAAGAGGUUGAUGAGCUAUGGCGGGUCUUUAUAGCGGCAACAUCAUCUGACGUACCGUUUAAGACGAUAUGUAUUUUUGAUGCACUUGAUGAAUGCCGUGAGAUUGAUCAGGGUCGAUUGAUUCAGAAGCUCCAGUCCUUCCACCGCCAGCCAUGUUCAUCAACACAAGAUACCUGUUUGAAAUUUCUAGUUACUAGUCGUCCCUAUGACCACAUCCAGAAUCGCUUCCAAGCGACCACGGACUCUUUCCCACAUCUGCACUUGAAGGGGGAGGAAGAAAACGAUCAAAUCCAUAAGGAAAUAGAUCUGGUUGUGAAGAUGCGAAUAAAAGAGCUGGCCGAAGUAGCAUCGUUGUCGUGGGAUAUACAGCAGCGACUCGAGCAACAAUUGUUACAAAUGGAACACCGCACCUAUCUUUGGCUACAUUUGGCUAUUGAUGACAUUCGAUCGACAUUCGAGAAUAGCCUUUACCCUGCCAAGGAAUCAGUCCAAAUGAUACCUCCUUCGGUGAAUAAGGCAUACGAAAAGAUUCUUAGUCGAGUGCCUCCUAACCAAAAAUGCACGGUGAGAAAAGUCCUACAGAUCAUUGUUGGAGCAAGGCGGCCUUUGAAAACAGCGGAAAUGGCCAUGGCGCUGGGUUUGGCUCUCUCCCCACAGUCGAAAGCUGCAGCACAGGCUAGAGUGGAUUCACUGCAGCUAGAGAAGAAGCUCCGUCGUUUAUGCGGCCUUUUUGUUUUCAUCAAUGACUCCAAGAUAUACCUCAUUCACCAGACCGCAAGGGAGUUUCUAAUUGAGAAGGCAUAUUCGAACGAUCUCAACUUCCCAUACUCGUGCAGCCCGAGUGAUGUUGAAAACCAACUGGCUCUAGUAUGUAUCAGAUACCUAUUGAUGGAGGAUUUGGAAGGCUAUAACUGCGAGUCGCGCGAUUCUCGGUGCUUUUUGGAAUAUUCAGCUAUAUAUUGGCCCGAUCACGUACGAAACAUGACUUUCACUUCCCAAGAGGUGACUGAUCGGCUGCAUCGAUUAUAUGAUAUAAGUGGAAAGCGAUUUGCACUAUGGUUUCCAAUCUUUUGGAAUGCAGUGAAGCCAUACCCGAUGGCCGGUAAAAUGGAUUCACUACAGCUGGCAGCAUUUAACGGUCAUGAGCAGCAAGUUAGCUCACUACUUGCUGGAAGCGAAUGGGGUAUUGAUACGCCAGAUGAUACCCGAAUACACCCGAUCACGUGGGCUUCACUUAAUGGGCACGGUAAAAUUGUUCAGUUGCUACUAGAGCAAGGAGCCGAUGUCAACGCCCAGGAUGGACAAUACGGAAAUGCUCUCCAGGCUGCUUGUUUUAAUGGACACGACAUGAUUGCACAGAUGCUGCUAGAGCGAGGAGCCGAUGUCAACGCCCAGGGUGGACAAUACGGAAAUGCUCUCCAGGCUGCUUGUUCUAAAGGACACGACAAGAUUGCACAGAUGCUACUAGAGCGAGGAGCCGAUGUCAACGCCCAGGGUGGAGACUACGGAAAUGCUCUCCAGGCUGCUUGUUCUAAAGGACACGACAUGAUUGCACAGAUGCUACUAGAGCGAGGAGCCAAUGUCAACGCCCAGGGUGGAUACUACGGAAAUGCACUCCAGGCUACUUGUUCUAAUAGAAACGACAAGAUUGCACAGAUGCUGCUAGAGCGAGGAGCCAAUGUCAACGCCCAGGGUGGAUACUACGGAAAUGCACUCCAGGCUACUUGUUCUAAUGGAAACGACAAGAUUGCACAGAUGCUACUAGAGCGAGGAGCCGAUAUCAACUCCCAGGGUGGAUACUACGGAAAUGCACUCCAGGCUACUUGUUCUAAAGGACACGACAAGAUUGCACAGAUGCUGCUAGAGCGAGGAGCCAAUGUCAACGCCCAGGGUGGAUACCACGGAAAUGCUCUCCAGGCUACUUGUUCUAAAGGACACGACAAGAUUGCACAGAUGCUGCUAGAGCGAGGAGCCGAUGUCAACGCCCAGGGUGGAGACUACGGAAAUGCACUCCAGGCUACUUGUUCUAAAGGACACGACAAGAUUGCACAGAUGCUGCUAGAGCGAGGAGCCGAUGUCAACGCCAAGGAUAGACGAUACGGAAAUGCUCUCCAGGCUGCUUGUUCUAGCGGACACGACAAGAUUGCACAGAUGCUGCUAGAGCGAGGAGCCGAUGUCAACGCCAAGGAUAGACGAUACGGAAAUGCUCUCCAGGCUGCUUGUUCUAAAGGACACGACAAGAUUGCACAGAUGCUGCUAGAGCGAGGAGCCGAUGUCAACGCCCAGGGUGGAGACUACGGAAAUGCUCUCCAAGGUACUUGUUCUAGCGGACACGACAAGAUUGCACAGAUGCUACUAGAGCGAGGAGCCGAUAUCAACUCCCAGGGUGGAUACUACGGAAAUGCUCUCCAGGCUGCUUGUUUUAAUGGACACGACAAGAUUACACAGAUGCUACUAGAGCGAGGAGCCGAUGUCAACGCCCAGGGUGGAGACUACGGAAAUGCUCUCCAGGCUGCUUGUUUUAAUGGACACGACAAGAUUACACAGAUGCUACUAGAGCGAGGAGCCGAUGUCAACGCCAAGGAUAGACGAUACGGAAAUGCUCUCCAGGCUGCUUGUUCUAAAGGACACGACAGGAUUGCACAGAUGCUGCUAGAGCGAGGAGCCGAUAUCAACGCCCAGGGUGGACUAUACGGAAAUGCUCUCCAAGGUGCUUGUUCUAAAGGACACGACAAGAUUGCACAGAUGCUGCUAGAGCGAGGAGCCGAUGUCAACGCCCAGGGUGGAGACUACGGAAAUGCUCUCCAAGGUACUUGUUCUAAAGGACACGACAAGAUUGCACAGAUGCUGCUAGAGCGAGGAGCCGAUGUCAACGCCAAGGAUAGACGAUACGGAAAUGCUCUCCAGGCUGCUUGUUCUAAAGGACACGACAGGAUUGCACAGAUGCUGCUAGAGCGAGGAGCCGAUAUCAACGCCCAGGGUGGACUCUACGGAAAUGCUCUCCAGGCUGCUUGUUUUAAUGGACACGACAUGAUUGCACAGAUGCUGCUAGAGCGAGGAGCCGAUAUCAACGCCCAGGGUGGAGACUACGGAAAUGCUCUCCAGGCUGCUUGUUUUAAUGGACACGACAUGAUUGCACAGAUACUACUAGAGCGAGGAGCCGAUGUCAACGCCCAGGGUGGACAAUACGGAAAUGCCCUCCAAGGUGCUUGUUCUAAAGGACAUGACAAGAUUACACAGAUGCUGCUAGAGCGAGGAGCCAAUGUCAACGCCCAGGGUGGACAAUACGGAAAUGCUCUCCAGGCUGCUUGUUCUAAAGGACACGACAAGAUUGCACAGAUGCUGCUAGAGCGAGGAGCCGAUAUCAACACCCAGAGUGGACUCUACAGAAAUGCACUCCAGGCUGCUUGUUUUAAUGGACACGACAAGACUGCACAGAUGCUGCUAGAGCGAGGAGCCGAUGUCAACGCCCAGGAUGGACAAUACGGAAAUGCUCUCCAGGCUGCUUAUUUUAAUGGACACGACAUGAUUGCACAGAUGCUGCUAGAGCGAGGAGCCGAUGUCAACGCCCAGGGUAGACAAUACGGAAAUGCUCUCCAGGCUGCUUGUUCUAAAGGACACGACAAGAUUGCACAGAUGCUACUAGAGCGAGGAGCCGAUAUCAACGCCCAGGGUGGACUCUACAGAAAUGCUCUCCAGGCUGCUUGUUCUAAAGGACACGACAAGAUUGCACAGAUGCUGCUAGAGCGAGGAGCCAAUGUCAACGCCCAGGGUGGAUACUACGGAAAUACACUCCAGGCUACUUGUUCUAAAGGACACGACAGGAUUGCACAGAUGCUGCUAGAGCGAGGAGCCAAUGUCAACGCCCAGGGUGGAUACUACGGAAAUGCACUCCAGGCUACUUGUUCUAAUGGACACGACAGGAUUGCACAGAUGCUGCUAGAGCGAGGAGCCGAUAUCAACGCCCAGGGGGGACUAUACGGAAAUGCUCUCCAAGGUGCUUGUUCUAAAGGACACGACAAGAUUGCACAGAUGCUGCUAGAGCGAGGAGCCAAUGUCAACGCCCAGGGUGGAUACUACGGAAAUACACUCCAGGCUACUUGUUCUAAAGGACACGACAAGAUUACACAGAUGCUACUAGAGCGAGGAGCCGAUGUCAACGCCCAGGGUGGACAAUACGGAAAUGCCCUCCAAGGUGCUUGUUCUAGCGGACACGACAAGAUUGCACAGAUGCUACUAGAGCGAGGAGCCGAUGUCAACGCCCAGGGUGGAUACUACGGAAAUGCUCUCCAGGCUGCUUGUUUUAAUGGACACGACAUGAUUGCACAGAUGCUGCUAGAGCGAGGAGCCGAUAUCAACGCCCAGGGUGGACGAUUCGGAAAUGCCCUUCAAGCUGCUCGUAAGCGAGGAUACCACCAUAUUGUGCGAAUUCUCCAGGGACAUCCUAAUGCUGACCACUCGCCCUCCCAUUCUCGUGCUUCGAAAAGACUCAAGGUUUCAUCAGUUUCCCAUAUUUAG